AUGUGCACUAGAGGCCACUGGAGGCCAGCUGAAGACGAGAAGCUUAGGGAGUUGGUGGAACGUUAUGGACCUCAUAACUGGAACGCAAUUGCAGAAAAGCUCCAAGGAAGAUCAGGAAAGAGCUGUAGGUUGAGAUGGUUCAAUCAGUUGGACCCAAGAAUCAACAGGAACCCUUUCACAGAAGAGGAAGAAGAGCGUCUCCUAGCCUCUCACCGUAUCCAUGGGAAUAGAUGGGCUAUUAUUGCAAGGCUUUUCCCGGGACGCACUGAUAACGCAGUGAAGAACCAUUGGCAUGUCAUCAUGGCACGCAGAUGCAGAGAAAGAUCUAGGCUUCACGCCAAAUUAAUAAGGACUUCUUCUACUACUAGUACUGCAGUGCCUCAAUCGUCAUUAACGACGUCCAAUAUUAACAUCGAUAUUCCAAAAUCCUCUUCAAAACAAGAUCACCUGCAAAUCAACUGUGAUAUCACGAGGAACCUUGAUGCAUAUAAUUAUUUUGGGAAAUUCUAUCCAGCUUUCACUCAUAACCCUCCUCCUCCUCCUCCAUUUCCAAGAGAGUUCUAUUAUCCAAGUACCUGUAUCACAAUGCACCAAGAUCAUAAAGAUCAGCCAAUUGAGUUUUAUGAUUUUCUCCAAGUAAAUACUGAGUCGAAUGGAAGUGAAGUGAUAGAUAAUGCAAGAAAGGAUGAGGAGGAGGUUGAUCAGGAAGCUGUGGGACAACAGAUAAGCAAGGCAGCUGGUGCUCCUUUUAUAGAGUUCUUGUCUGUUAAUGGAAGUUCUUAA